UGAUCCAGACCUUCGUCAGGCCCGCGGCCUAGGUGCAGGCUUGGUGUGGUCACCCACCUGGACACAGAACAAUGCAGAGGAGCUCCGGCCCACUAGUGCCGUUACAUUAUUUUGGCUAUGGCUACGCCACCCUGGUUGCUACUGGUGGGAUCAUUGGCUAUGCAAAAGCAGGUAGCAUGCCAAGCCUGGCCGCUGGGCUCCUUUUCGGGAGCUUAGCGGGCCUGGGGGCUUACCAGCUGUCUCAGGACCCCAAGAACAUUUGGGUUUCCCUAGUUACAUCUGGGACCUUGGCCGGCAUUAUGGGAAUGAGAUUCUACCACUCUGGAAAAUUUAUGCCUGCAGGUUUAAUUGCAGGUGCCAGUUUGCUGAUGGUUGCUAAAAUUGGACUGAACGUGUUAAGCAGGCCACAUUCAUAGUGCUCACGUCCAGCUUGAACUCAGGAAGAAUUACACAUCUCCAGACUUCCACUUUUAAUUGUAUUGAAGCAAUGCAGGAUAUGUACAUACUUUAGCAAUUUACUUAAAACAAACAACUGAACUUGGUGAGGAAAGCGUCAGUCACCAGCAUCA